AGGUGCGUUGGCGUUGACGGUGACGGUGACGGUGACGUCGCAGCUGGCGUCGACAGCGACUGCGUCGUUGAUGUGACGCUUUUGCUCGCGUGCAGCGCGCGCUUUGGUUUCAGUUCGUUUUCGUACGUUGUCCACGCCGAACGCAAGCGGUCAGCGUUCACACACACACACACACACGCACACACCAAAAACAUAGAAAACAGAAAGAAAAGAAAAAACGUUACACACACACACACACGCACGCACGUAAAGAUCUCGCUCUCUGUCGCCGUCUCCAAGUGUUGUUGUGUCGUGUGUUGUGCGAGCCUCAAAAAAGUAAAAAAGGAAAAAACACGAAAUCCAAAAAAAAAUAAAAACAGUUAAAGUUCAAAUCAAACACUUUGCAACGGUUUAAGCUAAAAGAUCUGCUACUUCUUCUUCUUCUUCUUCUUGUUCUAACCAGUGUUGUCGCGUUGUUCGCGUUUUACGUUUGUUGUCUUUUUUUUCUUGUUGUGUGUCUUCGUUGUUGUUUCUUCGGCUAUGCAAAAAGCGAAAAACAAAAUAAAAACUGUGCAAUAAAAAACCCAAAUUAAGGAAAACAAAACAAACCCUUUCGAUAUCGAUAUCGUUAUCGUUAUCGAGAGAACUGCAGAACACACGCAAAAGUAGGAAAGCGACAAAAAAAAAGGGCGAAAAAAGCCGUCGGCAAAAAUGCAGGCAACCAAAAUGCGAACACCUUUUGCCAUCCAAGAGAUUCUCGGCCUCGGCGUCGGCGUUGGCGCCUAUCAACAACAACAGCAACAACAGCAACAACAACAACAGCAGCAACAACAGCUACAACAAUCAUCACAAGCUGCGGCAGCUGCCACGCCCAGUGCCACAGAGGCGCCACUAUCGCCAGCUGCCACGCCCCCGCCACGCAAUGCAAAUACGCCGCAACAAUCAGCCGUAAGCAGUGCCCAACAGCAGCAACAACAGCAACAACAGCAGCAGCAGCAACAAUCAUCGCUUGAACAGCAGCAACAAACAUCGCGUGACUCACGCUCAAUAUCGCCAGAUGUGACCAGACUAUCGGCAGCUGCAGCCGCUGCCGCUGCGGCCGCCGCAGCCGCCCACUGUCAACUGCCCGUAUUCAAUCCGGCAAAUUUCUAUGCAGCCGCCGGCUAUGCAGCGGCCGCCGAUCCGGCAAACGCCGCUGCGGCCCAUCAUCAUCACAUGACAACCCUGGCAGCGGCCGCCUAUCUGAGGGGAUUCCUGCCGCCGGGCUUUACGACGCCGCACGAGUUUCGCGGUCACUUUCAGCAGCAUUUCGGAGCGCAGUUUGCAGAACAAGCUGCCGCACGUGGUCAGGAGUAUGCCAGCAGUUUGGCCAAUGCCAGCGGCGAUGAGCAAUCGCCCACAAAGUCAACGAGCGCCUCGAGCGCCGCAGCUGGCGCUGGCGCUGUGGAUGCCACCACCAAUGCCACACAUCUCGGCUCCCCAACAGCCGUUGGCAGCAAUGGCCAAGCGGCAGCAGCCACAGCCAGCAGCAAUAGCAUUAGCAGCAGUUCCGGCUCCGCUUCCGGUUCCGGCUCCGUUUCGGGCUCCACCAACAGUCGCUGCUCGCCCUCCUCCUCCUCCACCGCCUCCGCUCUGGCCCACGCCCAACAACAGCAGCAGCAGCAGCAGCAACAACAGCAGCAGCAACAGCAGAGCGGUCAACCAUCGGCCCAUCAUCACGCCGCUUUGGCUGCCCAUCAACAUGCCGCAGCUGCUGCGGCAGCCGCUCAUCAUCAUGCCGCCGCCGCUGCUGCGGUGCAUCAUGCCCAUCACGCCCAUGCCGCACACCACGCCCACGCUCACGCUCAUGUCCAUGGGCAUGUGCAUCAUGCCCACGAAGCGGCUUUUCUGAGCGCCGCAAGUGCCGCAAGCGCUGCAGCCAAUGGUCCCAAUGGGCUCUUGGGCGCCCAUGGCGGGGAUGUGCUUGUCGGUCCGGGUGGACCUGGUGGACCCGGGGGCAAGAAGAAGAAUAAGCGUCGGCAUGGUCGCACCAUCUUUACCAGCAGCCAGCUGGAGGAGCUGGAGAAGGCCUUCAAGGAGGCCCACUAUCCGGAUGUGAGUGCACGCGAGUUGCUCUCGAUGAAGACGGGACUCGCUGAGGAUCGCAUACAGGUGUGGUACCAGAACCGUCGAGCCAAGUGGCGCAAGACAGAAAAGUGCUGGGGCCACAGCACAAAGAUGGCCGAAUACGGACUCUACGGCGCAAUGGUUCGUCACUCGCUGCCGCUGCCGGAGACGAUCAUCAAGUCGGCGAAGGAGGACGAAUCGGUGGCGCCGUGGCUGCUGGGGAUGCACAAGAAAUCGCUGGAGGCAGCCGAGCUGCUGAAGAGCGACGAAAGCGAUCGCGAGACACCGACGUCGGAUGACACAAACACCUCGUAUUCCGCUGGCAGCACACACAACUCGCCCAUCUCGAGCUUCUCGAUAUCGCGUCUCCUGUUCGACGCUCCGCCGCCGCCGAGCGCGGGUGUUGGUGUUGGUGGCACAGGCGUGGGGGCCGGGGGCAAGCAGAGCAAACACGCUCAGGCGCAUGCAGCGGCUGCUCACGCCCACGCCCAUGCCCAUGCGCACGCCCACAUUGCGGCAGCGAAUGCUGCAGCUGCAGCUGCGGCAGCUGCUGCCCAUCAUCAUCAUCAUGGCGAUGCGGCUGCAGCGGCUGCCGCUGCCGCAGCGAUGCAUGCCUCAAGCAUUGGCGGGGGGCAUCAUCAUGGCGCGGGGCAUCAUCAUGGCGGGGGGCAUCAUCAUGGCGGACAUGGAGCGACGGCGACGCCGCAACAGCAUCAACACCAUCCAUACAAUCAGCAACAGCAUCUGCAUCACUUGCAACAGUUGCAACAGCAGCAGCAACAGCAGCAACAGCAGCAACAGCAACAACAACAGCAGCAGCAACAGCAGCAGCAACAACAGCAGCAGCAGCAACUGGAGAGGCAGCAACAUGCGGCAGCGUUGCACUUGCAUCAUCAUCAUCAUCAUGGCAACACGGCGGCGGGUUACGCUGAGGCAGCGGUUGCUGCAGCUGCGGCUGCUGCCGCUGUGGCUGCCGCAGCGAAUGCGCAACGCAAUGCGGCAGCUGCGGCCGCUGUUGCUGUUGCAGCAGCCGAGCUCGAGCUGGACGACGAUGAGGAUGAGGAGAUGUUGCUCGACAAGGAUUGCGAUGUGGAUGCCGAUGUCGAGGCUGACAUCGAUGGUGAUGCGGAUGUGGAUGCGGAUGUGGAUGCAGAUGAUGUGGAGCACGAUAACGAUAACGAUAACGUUAACAACGAUGUGGAUGCCGAUGGCGAUAUCGAUAUCUGCGACGAUGAAGACGAACAACAACAACAACAUUUGCUGCUCAAGGUGAAGCAGGAGCAAGCGGCUGCAGCUGGAGGCGCCACCGAUUGUGGCAGCAGAUGAAACAUGUACAUCGACGUCUUGUUCUAAGCAAAGCAGACAACGAAGCACACACACACACACACACCCAUACACACACACCAACACACACACGUAUUUAUUGGAGCGAUGCAAAAUGCGGCAAUGAUUAAUUUCUAAGGCAUAAAAUAAAUUAAUGAACACACAUCGUAAACGUUAAUGUAAUCAACAUUUUUUUUCAUACACCUAAGGCACCUAAUUACCAACAACAACAACAACAAAAAUGACACCCCAAAAUGCGAAAUUUUUUUUUUUUUUCGACAACUUGUAAAUAUUAAAUUAUUUUGAGAGGAACAAAAAAUAUAUAUGCUAAAUGUGAUUUAAUUUAGUUUUCAUGCAAAACAAAAAACAAAACAAACAAAAACGAAAUGAAAAUGAAAAAAAGGCUUUUUAUCAUUUAAGAUACAAUUUUUUUUUUUAAAACAAUUUUUUUUUUCGAUGUCUCUUCCAAUUGAAUUUUGUUUGUGUCGUCCUUAAAGUCCUCGUAAUUUAAUUAGAUUUAUCGCAUAUAUAAAUAUAUACAUAUAUCUAUAAAUAAUGAUAACAAAUUAAUCUGUUUUUUUUUUUGCCAAGAUUAAAAUAAAUGUAAAUAGCGCACAUCACGAAAUCAAAUCGAAUAGAAAGGUAAAAAAAAAAAAUAAAAGGGAAAGAAUGCAAGAGUAAACAGUAAAAAAUGAGCGAAGGAGACACAUUUCAAUGCAUUACAUAUUUCAUUACGAAUUACAUUAAACAAAAUAAAGAAAAAUACAAAAAAAAAAAA